UAUGUAAUCCAGGGAUACUUAAUAUUGUUAUUAUAGUAAUUUCAACUUAUUUGAAAACACCUCUUAAUUAAUAAAAAAGGAGAAGUUUAUAAAGGCACUCCUAUAAACAUUGGGAGAAGAAUGGAGAAUUUAUGCAGGAUAUUCAAUAUCAAUUGAAUUAGAUGGCUCUAUCAAUUAUUUAGCUUGGUAAUUUUGUUUUGAAAAUCUAUUAUUUACAUGGUUAGAAAAUGAAGAUUGUUAACAUGAAGAAUUUUAUGAGAAAGCUGUUCUUAGAAUAUAACCAUACAAAAUAGGUAUCAUAUAUAAGUAUUUAAAUUAGAAAAUGUCUACUUUAGACCAGUUUUUGAUGGAUUCUUUUACUCAGCCUAAUAAUUAUGGUCUAAAAUGAAAUUAAGCAGACCUCCUUCUCAAGAAUCCUUCAAAUAAGUUGAAUAAAUCAAAUAAGAAGAACUUAGACCUAUUGCCAAUAUCUUAAAACCUCUAGUACUUGUUAGUGAAAAGAUCAUAAAUUAUUUUAAGAAGGAAGAGCAAAUAUAAAGUCAAGAAUAGAUUCAAUAUAAUCAACCCUCUUGGAAAUAAAUCUCGAAACUUACUGAAGAAUCUCUUCCAAUUGAUUAAAUAGAGAAUGCGUAUCUUUAUGUUAUGUAAUUUAUGGAGAACUCUUAUAAGAAUUGUUAAGUUGCAAAAUCCUUCAUUGUUAAUAUCAUAGAAUUGAAUCAAGAUGUAUUAGGUAGAUUCUAUAUAUAAAAUUAAUCUGUAAAAGUUAGAAUUAUGUAACCCUCAAAUCUAAUGUAUAAUAAUCUAUUAUCUAUUUGGAUUUUAGCAAAUGCAGGAGUACAACCACAAUAUUUUGAUUUAAUAGGUAGAGCUAAAUCCUUAUUGGGUAUUAAUUGGAAAGAUAAUUAUUAAUAUCCAGUAGAGGUCUUCUUUUAAUUGAUAACAAAAUUAUAUGGAAAUAUUUUAUUAAAUCCUUAAAUAAAAAAUGAUGAUUAAUUAAAUCAAUUACUAAAGAGUUUAAAAGUAUAAUUAGCAAUGUUGUGGGAUCAAGAGAUUGUACAAUAAACAGUUCAAAAUUCACAAUGA